UGUGCUUACACGAAAUAAGGUAUAACCCCCAAAGACGGUGAUGGAUAACACAAAGAUGAAAGAAAAAGUUGGUAAAUCACAAGUCGGAGAUUUUUCUAUCCAAGAGACGAAUCCAAAGAAGAAACAAAAACUUAGUGAAUCACAAGUAAUCCCAACACCUACUCUAUCGAAGUUUGAUUUGUUAGUAGCGAUUGAGAAGCAAAACGACGUGGCCAUGUGCCUUGCGGGGAAAGUACUCUCAACCCAAGCCAAAAAUACUAACUUGGUCUUUUCACCGGCAUCAAUAAACGCCGCGCUCAUCAUGGCGGCUAAUAGGCCAGGAGAAGAAGAAACAGUAAGAUCCUUUAUCCUCUCCUUCCUUAGUUCUUCCUCAACAAACGAGCUCAACGCUGUGUUCGGUGAGAUCUGUUCUGUGGUUCUCGCAGACGGUAUUGCAAGCGGUGGCCCUAAAAUCACGGCAGUCAAUGGUGUCUGGAUCGAUCAAUCACUUCCUGUUGAUUCCUCAUGGAAGGAUCUCUUAGUAAACUUCUUCAAAGCUGAAUUCGCUCAAGUCGACUUCGGUACAAAGGCAGAAAUAGUGCGUAAGGAGGUUAAUGCGUGGGUUUUACGUCACACAAAUAAUCUCAUCGAAGAUAUUCUUCCUCGAGGAUCCGUGACAAAACUAACCCAAUGGAUUUAUGCAAAUGCAUUGUACUUCAAAGGAUCUUGGGAAGACAAGUUUGAAAAUAAUCUGACUAAAGACAGACCAUUUUACCUUCUUAAUGGCGGAUCAGUCUCGGUGCCUUUCAUGAGAAGCUAUGCGAACCAAUAUGUAAAGGCUUAUGAUGGUUUCAAGGUCCUCAGGCUCCCUUAUAAGCAAGGCCGUGAUGAUGGCCACCGCAAAUUCUCAAUGUACUUCUAUCUACCUGACAAAAGAGAUGGAUUGGAUAAUCUUUUGAAGAGAUUAACAUCUACUCAUGGAUUUUUAGACCGUCACAUUCCGAGAUACAAAGAUCUAGUUGGUGAAUUCAGAAUUCCAAAAUUUAAGAUCGAAUUUGGGUUCGAAGCUUCAAAGGCUUUUGGUGAUAUUGAGCUUAAUAUGUCACUGUACCAAAAAGCUUUUAUUGAGAUCGAUGAAGUUGGUACUGAAGCCGCAGCUGCUACUUGCGUGGUGCUCACAACUGGCUCGAGCGCUUAUGUGCCGGAGAGGAUAGAUUUCGUGGCAGAUCAUCCAUUUCUUUUUUUGAUUAGAGAAGACAAAACUGGAACUGUUUUGUUUGUCGGACAAAUUUUCAAUCCUUCCAAAUCUUCUUCUGAAUAGGACCGGUUAUUUUAACCGGACCAAGUCUUUUAUGAACGUCGCUAGUCUUUUGGGUCUGCGGUUUUAGUGAACUCAUUGAUUUGAAGAACCGCACUAUAUUAGAAUUUUUCUAAUUCAAAUA